CAAUUGACUGCUCAGCACAGAUAACAUCACUAAAAGCGCGCGCUCGGACCACCAGUCCACUUCGUGGUUACAUUGUGAGUGUUCGUGUGUUACGUCGAAUUAGUAAACUAAAUACGACAUUAUGUCCACAAAAGAUGGAGGACCGGUCAUCUGCAACAGCUGCAAUGCAGCAAUCAGCGGCAGAAUAGUAACAGCGUUGAACAAGAAGUGGCACCCCGAGCACUUCACGUGCAGCACGUGCCGGAAGCCGAUCGACGGAGCCAAGUUCCACCAGCACGACGGCGGAGUCCACUGCGUGCCGUGCUACACGCAGCACCACAGCCCGCGCUGCCACGGCUGCGGCGACCCCAUCACUGACCGCGUGAUCCAAGCUCUGGGCGCGUCGUGGCACGCGCACCACUUCGUGUGUGGUGGAUGCAGGAAGGAGCUCGGCGGAGGUGGUUUUAUGGAACAGGCCGGUCGCCCGUACUGUUCGUCGUGCUACGCGGACAAGUUCGCCUCGCGCUGUGCCGGCUGCGGCACUCCCAUCGUAGACAAAGCCAUUAUCGCGCUCGAUGCCAAGUGGCACCGCGAAUGCUUCACUUGCACUAAAUGCAGAAAACCAGUCACGGAUUCCACAUUCUCGGUGUUGGAUAACAAACCGCUGUGCGGAAAAUGCGCAUAAACACACACACACACUCACACAAACACACUUUACUAUAUAGUGUACUAUUUAUUAUCACACACACAAAUGGACCCAUCGACAGAAUCCAAAGUGCACUUAUUACACUGCCCGUUUCGAAUGUGAAUUCAAUUACAGUACUACCACUUUAAUAAGUUACGCCGAUGUACCUGCGCAGAAACCUUGGUGAAAUGAAUUUCGAACUGUUCUUUAGCAUAGUUUUAGGCCGUUUUGUUUAGAAAUGGAUCGUCUUCCUUGGAAAUGAGUUCAAAUUUGUUUUCAGAGGGCCAAAAACAUGCAGAUUAAAGAAAAAAGUAUGAUUAUACCAUUAUGAAUAUACCGAAAAUAAACGACGGAUGACGUGCGCUUGACAUUAUCAAGCCUCACUUCUAUGCCACAGUAAAUAAAGCUUAAUUAGAGUUGUUAUCAAGAAAGAUGCUGCGCCUCGGUUCUGCUGGUGUGCUUUGCGUCUUACACUGGCAUUUAUAGUCAAGAUAGGGGUUUCUUUAGGGGACCAUUCAGACGUCAUGCAUUAAGGUUGAAUAUGGCACAUCUCAUCUGAAUGGUCCCCUUAAAAAGCACCUAUCUUGACUACUAGAGAGUCUGUAUAGGCAAGCGUAAUAUAUUAGUAGCGUACUUUGAUAUUUUGAUAUCAGUGCUAAAAGAGCACUUUUACUGACAAAUGUAUUGAAAACAAUAUUUUAAGGAUAUUUAAAACUAUUUAAAAUGAAGCUUGGCUUAAAUUGUAUACACAAAGACAUUUUCGUUGUAAAUAAUUUUAGUUGUUAAUGAUAAUUAAUUAUUAUUACUAAGUUAUUUAUAGGCUUGGGCUUAAAACUUGGUAAAAGCAUUAUUAUGUUACAAAGUUACAAAAGUUUAUACGCUUUCGGCGACCUUUUUUUUUCAAUAAAUCACUUGUUUUUUUAA